AAGAUUUUAGUUCAUAUUUCUGGACUUUUCAAAAGAGAAAAUGUUCUUGCAAAAAUGAGAACUUUUCGCUUUGACCAUGAUUUUCGAGAAUUUGUGAAAACUGUAUUUUGCUCAUUUCAACUCUAAUCCAUAAUCAAACCCAUAAUAAUUUAUUACCAAAAUGAUCAGCUCAUCGAGCUCUACAAACUCUGAAAAUUUCAGCCAAUUCUGCGAAAGUCGUGUAUAGAGUGGUACGUUUCCCAUGGAUUCACCCUUUGUUUGAAGAUGGUAGUCAACGAGCUGUCGAAGCAAAAGGAUUAUUAAUUGUAGUAGAAGAACCAAUAUUCGUAGUUACAUUACACAUUCUGCACAAGUUACUUGGUCCUAUAAAAGUCUUAUCAGACAAGUUGAAAGGUACUUGAUGAAGCACAGAGUUGUAGAAAAUAUGAUUACGUCUCAUCUUUAUUUUGUUAAGCUAAAGCACUUGAUUAUGGCAAUGCACAACAAUUGAUUUUAUCAGUUAUGGAAGAACUUCGCCAAUUACGAGAUGAAAAAUCUUUUGAAAAAAUUUUUCAAACAAUUACCAUUUUUUGUCAACAAAACAAUGUUAAUCUCAAUCAAAAACCAAAACAUCGAAAACGAGUUGUGUCUACGAGAUUUAAAGAUUCAGUAAUUAUCAGUACGAUCGGGCAACGAGAUGAUGAAAGUGAAUAUUAUUAUCGAACAUAUAUUUACUAUCAAGUAAUUGAUAAUAUGUUAGUUGAAUUAGAAGAUGGAUUUUCAUCAAAAAGCUUACAACUUUUAUCAGGUAUAUCAUCAUUAUGUCCAGAUAGUAAUACGUUUUUAGAUUUUGAUUCAUUAAAACCAAUUGCAAAUCAUUUAAAUGUUGAUCUUCAAGUCUUAUCCAACGAAUUAAUGGUGGUGAAACUUGUUGCAAAAUAA